UUCUGUUGCGUUGCGCUUGCGACCGACGACGCUCUUUUGUUUUUAUUAAUUUAAAUUUUAUAGUUAUUUCUGUUGUUAUUAGCUAUAAAACAAAAUGCAGAAAUGGUGGAACUGGGUCCUUGCGAUAGGGUUGGUUUGUCUUCUCCUAAUAGCCAUACCUAUCAGUUACACAGGCAAUAAGAAGGCAACAUUGCAACUAAUGUUUGAUGAUUACAUUGCCAAGUUCAAUAAAACUUAUAAAAGUGACCCUGCCGAGUAUCAGACAAGAUUUCAACACUUUAUGGCUAAUCUGGAAGAAAUUGAGAAGCUGAAUGCCGCAGCCCAGGGCCCUGAGGAGCACCGAGCUCGCUACGGUCUGACCAGACUGAGCGACAUGUCCAAACUGGAGUAUCAGGACAUCCACUUGUCUGAUGAGAAACAGGCCAAACCGCCCCAGGACUAUGGUAGAAGUUGGGGCAAUGGCGAUCAUCAUCAUCACCAUCAUGGACAUACAGAAGAUGAAGUCAAUGUUGUUAGUCGGGCUAAAAGAGCCGCUUUGCCAUUGAAAAUUGACUGGCGUACCCAAGGCGUGAUAGGCCCGGUCCGCAGCCAGGGUCUGUGCGGCGCGUGUUGGGCCUUCAGCGCCGUCGGCAUGAUCGAGGCCAUGAACGCCAUCGCCACGGGGAAGUACGUGCAGCUUAGUGUACAGGAAGCAAUAGACUGCGCCGGCCUAGGCAACAGUGGCUGCUCUGGCGGAGACAUCUGCCUGCUCCUGGACUGGCUGCUGCUGUCCGGUUCCUCUCUGCAGCGCGAGGCCCAGUACCCGCUCCGGCUGGCGGAUGGAACCUGCCAGCUGAAGAAGAACGCCACCGGAGUGCAGGUCGCCUCGUUUACUUGCGAUGAUUUCGUGGGAGCGGAGGACAAGAUCCUGCAGGCGCUAGCGACCCACGGGCCGGUCGCCGUCGCCGUCAACGCGCUCACCUGGCAGAACUACCUCGGCGGCGUUAUACAGUUCCACUGCAGCGGUGCAGCGUCAGAUCUAAACCACGCGGUCGAGAUAGUGGGCUACGACCUCACAGCUGAAGUGCCAUACUACAUAGCCAAGAACUCCUGGGGACCAGGGUUUGGGAACGCAGGCUAUAUACACCUGGCUGUGGGCUCCAAUAUAUGCGGGUUAGCGCUAGAGGUCUCCACUGUUGAUGUUAAGUAAUGGUUUAAGGUUGUGUUU